AUGGGCCCUCAGUCUUCCGCGACCCAGUUUCAACCAGCCCGGGCCCCAUCCCCGUCGUCUUUUACCGUCAGCCUCGAUAAUGAUCACAAAGAAACCCCCCUUUCACCGGAGGUAGCUCGACAGCAAAUCAUCGAAACGAGAACCCAGCAGGGAGACACCCCCCACCAGCGGCCGCGAAGAUUCCUGGCACAGCCGAUAGAGACAUCCUCUCGGAGCGUCCAGACACAAAAUAACUUGUCAGAUGACCGUCAAUCCUAUCGACCCGGAAGCCUCCGAAAUGAGGUGAACAACUCCGUGGAGCAACAACUCCACCGACCCGACAAUCCUCCCCGGAGAUUUUUACCACAGCCCAUUGAGACUAGCAAAGCUAGUAACCAAGGCGUCACUGGUUCUAGACCGAGACGAUUCAAGCCCGAGCUCCUCGAAACUGAACAUCGCUCGGUCAAGGGGGCAACGGACAACCCUUCUCAUCGACAGUUUGUCAACUUUGGUCCUGCAAAAGCUGGCUUGGAAUACCUAGGAGAUCGGCCAGGCCCUACCUCUCGUCUGACUCCCCCUCGCAGCGCCUCAUUCGACGUCCCAGAGUCUAGGUUCUCGUAUGCAAACUUGCUUCGUCGCCAUGAAACCAGAAGACAUUCCUUUCGAGUCCCAGAUCUCCCGUCAAUCCCAUCAAAUAGCAGUGAAAGCUCAGAUACAUCCUGUGAAACACCAUCCUUACCUCCCCAGAAGUCAUCGGUGAAGCUAGUACAGUCCCGGAAAAACGGUCAAUUGAACCGGGAAAGUCGCCCCAGCGAAUUUUCUGGGUAUCUGUUGUCUCUGGCGGCUCGAUCGGCACAGAAAGAGCUGAAAGAGCAGGCACUUGCUGCCUUUCCAAACGAGCAAGUCUACCAGCCAGUGGACCAUUUUGCUAUUGAUGAGGAAGGUGGUGAUUCAGAAGAUGACGAGUAUCUGAUCUAUCCCCAGCCACACCAUAUCAAGUCCCGUCGGCAAUCCUCGGCAGACCUUUCCUGGGAGCUUGAGUAUAUGCGUCAGCAUAAGGAGGAGGCGGAACAACGAUUUCGGGUCAUGGUGUCCUCCAAAAACCUGGACUUCUCGUCUCCCAGUCAUAAUGCGGCCUCCAAAAAUCGUGGGCCAAGUCCCCCAAUGCUAGGUGUCGACCUAGUUCUACCACAAAGUUUGUCCCCGGAUGGAACUCUUUGCGAGGACUCCCCGUCCGAGACCAAUACCCAGGGGCAACAGGGCCUCUGUAAUGACUGCGGCGGUCUCUGGUGUGCAGGAGACCAACCUGAAGAGGGGCGCGGAGCAGGUCUUUGGAUGGGCACAUGCCGUAAAGACGAGGGUUUUGAGCGAGGAUCGCAAUUAAUGACUGGGAUCAUGACCCCUAUGAUUGAGUGUGAAGAAUUCACCUUUACGCCCAAUUCCUCAUUGGAGUCCCAUACGGACUCGAGAGAUCCAAGGGGCAAGCAGUCCCAAGGCAUGAGUGGUCCAAGAAGAAAAAUCGAUGGUGAAUUCCACGAUGGCUUCGUGACGCAGAUUUACAAUUAUUUGUCUCUAGGGUAUCCAUGCGUUGCCCGGUAUUAUGACUUUGAGCUUAGCAAGAUUUCGGGAAUCCCCCUUGAAGAUCUGCGGCGAGAUGAUCUUUGUGCUGAUGCUCAGGGCUAUGUCGUAGCACCGCUUGACAAUCUGGCAGUUGGGUGUGUUCGAUGGAAGGCCUUGCGUCUCUAUAUCCACGAAUGGGCCCGCCAGCAGCCGAACAUGGUAGAAGAUGAACCAAGCCUUGAAGCCUGGGGGGUCCCGGAGCGGAGAGGGAGCUGGGCGAUUUGA